ACUGCACAUACACUCGGAGAGAGAGAGAGAGAGAGAUGGGGGGAGUUGGGGCGUUUUGGGGGACAAGAGUGAUGGAGAUAGUGAAGAAGCAUGACUCGGGAGGACUUGUAUGGAAGAGAAUAAAGCUCACAACCACCAGAAAAGCUAACGCUAAGAAGAGACUUCUUAGGGUUUGGCAGAAUGAAGCAGUGUUGAAAGCAUGUGCUGAACCAGCUCCAAAACCUUCAGUCGCUGGUGCUGCUGGAAUUGUGGAGGAAGAUAGCAACAGUACCCAAUCUCAAUGAACAAAUGGAUUAAGAGCGUAAAUUAGCCUGAGUUCUACAGAUUAAAGUUUUAUGCGAGCAGACUUUUUUUGUUUUUCAAUUUUUUCUCUGGGACAUGAUUGUCAAAUUUAGGCAGUGUAUUAGUUUAUAUCAUAAAAGCCUAGAGGCAAUGGUUGGUUUGGCAACAUUUUUUUCACCACAAUAUGGUGUAUAAACUUUUUGCUCUUGGAAAGGAAUUUGUUUUGUCCUUGUAUCAUGAAAAAUAGUUUUUCAAUUUAUGUUGUUGGUUUUGGUAGAA